AUGGCACAAAAAGAUUUAUUCGGUACCGAUGAGAUUUUUGUGGGGCUGAUUAAUCGGCGACGGCGGCCAACAACCGACGGCGAAGCAAGGGGAUAUUUUUUUGAUUUGAGUCUUGAGGGGGCAUCUAUGGCAUCUGGUGAAGGUUUAGAUGCAAUGCAAGUGAAUAAUGGUUCUAGAAGACCCCGGAUUCUUCUAGCAGCAAGUGGAAGUGUAGCUGCCAUAAAGUUUGGAAACCUCUGCAGCUGUUUCUCUGAUUGGGCAGAUGUAAAAGCUGUUGCCACACAAGCAGCUUUACAUUUCAUUGACACAGCAUCUCUUCCAAAGGAUGUCAUUCUCUACACCGAUGAACACGAAUGGUCAUCUUGGUCAAAGAUUGGAGAUACUGUGCUUCACAUAGAGCUUCGUCGAUGGGCUGAUAUUAUGGUAAUUGCUCCCCUGUCAGCCAAUACGCUUGGCAAGAUUGCUGGUGGACUGUGUGACAACUUGCUGACAAGUAUCAUUCGAGCAUGGGAUUAUGAGAAGCCAAUAUUUGUGGCUCCAGCAAUGAACACUUUUAUGUGGACAAAUCCUUUUACAGAAAGGCAUCUUAUGACAGUGGAUGAACUUGGAAUUACGCUUAUACCCCCCAUCUCUAAAAGGCUUGCUUGUGGGGACUAUGGCACUGGUGCAAUGGCUGAACCUUCUCUCAUCUUCUCAACUGUACGACUCUUCCUUGAGUCGCAACCAAAUUCUUCAACAAAUCAUUAAUCUUAAUUUCUCUUUCUUGUAUUAUGAAACCGCUAAGAUCAUCGAUAGUUAUGCAAGACUCGGCAUAACAGGUUGUAGUUGUACUGUGUUUGGUAUGCAUUCAUUAACAUGAUAAAAACUUAUAUGAGGUUUUAAACACUUGUGUAUAUAUCUUUUUCCAUCCCACAUAUUUGAUUUCUUUUCCCA